GAGCUUAUGAAGAGGGGGCUGGGAUAAGCUGGCUAAUUGAGACCAGCUGUUGCUCCUCAAUCUCAGAGAUCUUUGGACUCUGCCCAGGGCAGGCUCACACCCUAUUCCAAGCCUCAAGAAGCCAGUACAGGUUGUCCAGGCAGCCUAAAGUUCCUCUGCUCACUGGGGCUUAGAUCCUCUUCCAGCUGCUGGACGUCUCCUCUUCGCCAGCCAUCACCCUUGUCUGCCUCUGCUCAGGAAAGGUCUAGAGGAAGAGGCCACAAAACAGCCAAGUCCUCUCCCCACUCUCUUCAUCUACUCAGCAUCAGCAUCUGGAGACCCCAUGGCCCAGGCCCACUGGGGCUGCUGCCCAUGGCUUGUACUCCUCUGUGCAAGUGUCUGGAGUUACCCAAACCCUGGUUUCCUUGGAAGAGAGGAUGUGAGAAACUGUUCAACCAACCCUCCGCAUCUGCCAGUCACUGCAGUCAAUACAACACUACGGCUUGCAGCCCUCCGCCAGCAAAUACAGAACUGGAAUCUCUCUGCCUAUAUCAUUCCAGACACAGAUGCACACAUGAGUGAAUACAUUAGCAAACAUGAUGAGAGGCGUGCAUGGAUUUCAGGCUUCACGGGAACUACAGGUACUGCUGUGGUGACCCUGGGGAAAGCAGCUGUCUGGACUGACAGUCGCUACUGGACUCAGGCUGAGCGGCAGAUGGACUGCAACUGGGAGCUCCAUAGGGAAGCUGAUGCUGUUUCCGUUGCCACCUGGAUCCUUACUGAAAUCCCUGCUGGAGGACGUGUGGGCUUUGACCCCUUCCUCUUCUCUGUUGAUUCCUGGGAGGAUUAUGAUAGGACAUUCCAAGACUCCAACAGACACCUGGUAUCCAUUACAGACAACCUUGUAGACCUGGCAUGGGGGUCAGAGAGGCCCCCAGUGCUAAGUCCACCUAUUUAUGCCCUCCCGGAAGCAUUCACAGGGAGCACUUGGCGGGAAAAAGUAUCUGUCAUCCGAAGCUACAUGCAGAACCAUACCAUGGCUCCAACAGGUCUCCUUCUGUCAGCACUUGAUGAGACAGCCUGGCUCUUCAACCUUCGCAGCAGUGACAUCCCCUACAACCCCUUCUUCUACUCCUACACGCUGCUCACGAACUGUUCCAUCAGGUUGUUUGUAAACAAGAGCCGCUUUAGCCCUGAGACGCUGCAGUACUUGAAUACAAACUGCACAGGCCCAUUGUGUGUACAACUCGAAGACUACAGCCAAGUCCGUGACAGUGUGCAAGCCUAUGCCUCGGGCAAUGUGAAGAUCUGGAUUGGGCUCAGCUAUACCACCUAUGGACUCUAUGAAGUGAUACCCAAGGAGAAACUUGUGAAAAGCAGCUACUCCCCAGUGAUGGAAAUCAAGGCUGUGAAGAACAGCAAGGAGCAGGCCCUCCUGAAGGCCAGCCAUGUGCGGGAUGCUGUGGCUGUGAUCCGGUACUUAGUCUGGCUGGAGAAGAACGUGCCUUUGGGCACGGUGGACGAGUUUUCUGGGGCAGAGCUCCUGAAUGAGUUCCGAAGUAAAGAAGACUUCUCUUCUGGACCCAGUUUUGAAACCAUCUCUGCUAGUGGCCUGAAUGCUGCCCUGGCUCAUUACAGCCCAACCAAGGAGCUGCACCGUAAGCUGUCCUCAGAUGAGAUGUACCUGGUGGAUUCUGGGGGACAGUACUGGGACGGGACCACAGACAUUACCAGAACAGUCCACUGGGGUACCCCCACUGCCUUCCAAAAGGAAGCAUAUACACGCGUGUUAAUGGGAAGCAUAGAUCUAUCCAGACUUGUCUUUCCUGCUUUUACAUCAGGGAGAAUAAUGGACGCUUUUGCCCGCAGAGCCCUGUGGGAGGUUGGGCUCAAUUAUGGUCAUGGAACAGGACAUGGCAUUGGCAAUUUCCUCUGUGUACAUGAGUGGCCAGUGGGAUUCCAGUAUAACAACAUUGCCAUGGUCAAGGGCAUGUUCACUUCCAUUGAACCUGGCUACUACCAGGAUGGAGAAUUUGGAAUCCGUCUUGAAGAUGUGGCCCUUGUGGUGGAAGCAAAGACCAAGUAUCCAGGGACCUACCUGACUUUUAAAAUAGUAUCCUUUGUGCCCUAUGACCGAAACCUCAUCGAUGUCAGCCUGCUAUCUCCAGAACAGCUCCAGUACCUGAAUCACUACUACCAGACCAUCCGUGAAACAGUGGGCCCGGAGCUGCAGCGUCGCCAGCUGCUGGAGGAGUUUGCAUGGCUGCAGAAGCACACAGAGCCCCUGUCAGCCAGAGCCUCUCUUAGCACAUCCUUGACCUCUAUGUGGGUAGCCUCCACUCUUGCCAUCCUCAGCUGGAAUAGCUAGAGGCUCCCAACUCCCCUGCUGACCCCUACCUGGAUGUGAGACUCAGUUGCUCUUGCUCAGAUCUUCUCCCCUGUGUCAUUCAUGUCCCAAGAACCUGUGUGACCCAUCACCUUAAAAUCAUUGUCUUCAGCUUCCUCCAGAACCAGAUCGCAGGCAGCAUAUGCCCUCAUUCUCCUAGACCUGGAAACCUCACCUUGGGUUCCCAACCCUAGGCCCUGGGAUAGCAGAGCCACGUAGCCUGCUACAGAGAGACCACCACUCUCCCAAAAUAAAAGACUCAUAGGGCAAUGCCCCUACUCACUGGGCCUCAUGGCCCACACAGAGCCCCACCCUAUCACCACACGUCAGAAAGGACCAGAGUUGUUCCCAUCCACAUGGGCUCCUAAUUUCUUAAGUCUGUCUCUGACCACCUUUACUUGCCCCCAGCCCCAUAGUGGCCUCCUGACUACAACCUGUGGCCUUGAAGAAACAGGGUUCCCUCCAGCCUGCCUGCUGUACCUGUAGAGAGAAGGUGCCUAAGUCUUCUGGUUAUAGAUGACCACCCUAACAUUGAGGAGAAAAGAUGAGUGGGGGGCCAGGGAGAGCCUGGAGCUGGAAACCUUAGUCAGGGACGUGCAUCAGUUCUGCCCUGUGAAAAGCAACAGCACGAAGAACUGAGGCAUAGGACUUUGUGCAGGAGGGAGAAUGUGCUCUGGAACAUGAAGAACCUCCCUGUCUCAGGAAUCCUUUUAAGAGCCCAAGGUGCAGCUACCAUGACAACAUAAUCAAAGCCUCUCAAAUCUUUGGAGAACCCUUAACCUUGUGUGGGAAGAGUCUGGUUUCCCCAUUGUAUAGAUAGGAAAACUAGGCUUCAGACAGAAGGUGAGUCUUGCCUGAGGAUACUCAGCACUCAGUUGGAAGAUGGGGUUAGGAAAAGGGCUUAAGAAAUGCUGGGGCCAUUAUGAGCUAGUAGUGCAGCUUCCGUGCCAAGUCUCUUAGCCUACUUCCCAGCCACUGCCUCAUUUGCUGGGUCCACUGCCAUUGGGUUUUCUCUGGCCUGCCCUUGGCCAGCCGUUAGCCACCUGGGCUCACAUCCUGCUAGAUUCUUAAAACAGUUUUUGCAAAGACACCUUCCUCUGGUUUUGCAUUGUAUCUGUUAUUGCUGUGUUGCUGUAGGCUGCUGGUACCUGUGGCUUUUGUGGUAGAGGAGGAAGAGAAGAGGCUGAGAUGGGGGCAGGGAUGUGAGGCUCUUCGAACCUCCGUAGGGAAACACACGUAAGCUUGAGAGUGUGCAUGUGAACAUGUGUGCGUGCAUGCAUGUGCAUGCGCCUACCUGUGUGUGUGUGUGUGUGUGCGCGCGUGCAUGCGCGUGCACGUGUACUUGUUUGUGCUCGUGUGCAUGCGCUCUAUGCCCAGCCAGUCACCUCCACCCUGUGCUAAGGGUGUUAUGACUUUGUGAAGGGGACAGAGAUGGGGCCAUCACAGCUUGGGAACUUGUUAAGUGUGGUUCACAAAGUUGGGGCUAGCACCUUUGUCUCAAGAGGGCACAGUGCAGGUGAGAACCAAGGCUUCAGGGACCAGGUGUUUAAGCACCAGGCCCAGAGGUUUCCUGAGUUGGGUCAAUAAGGCCUAAUUUGUGUAAAAUGAUGCAUGGGGGCUGGAGAGAUAUCUGGGAAGAUAGUUAAAGCGCUUGCUACACAAGCAUGAGGACCAGAGUUCUGAUCUCCAGAAAUUCACAUUAAGUAUUAGGUGGACAUGGGGGUUCGCCUGUAUAAUUCGGGAGACUGGAUCCCCAGAACAAGCUGGCUUGCAAGACUAGCGAUAUAGUUGAGCUCUGGGUUUGAUUGGGAGACCUUGACUCAAUGAAUAAAGUAGAAGAGCCCCAGA